UAAUGAGACAAAAAGGUCGUUUUGCCGGUUUUUCUCUUUAUAUAUCCAACACGCCUAAAAAAGAGGACGGUCGUCUUUGUUACCAGAACAAACUACCAUUACCUCCCUUGAAAUUUAAUAAUACGUGUAUAGAAUAUGGUCGUUACGUCAUCUAUUACAAUGAAAGACUGGACGGAGUUACCUACCCUGAAGGAUAUCAAUAUCAAAUAUAUACACAGUUAUGUGAAGUCGAAGUGAGAGGAUGUACCAAUGCAGGAGUUUAUGGGAGUAACUGUAAUUUACCUUGUCCGGACAAUUGUCAAGAAAAGAGAUGUAAUAUUGUAAAUGGAACGUGUUUGGGGUGUAUUCCUGGAUGGACAGGAGACAUGUGUAAUAAAAAAUGCCCAUGGGGAUGGUAUGGCCUUGCGUGUAAAAACAAGUGUGCAGGACAUUGCAUAGGGAAUCAACCCUGUAAUCACGUGACGGGUCGAUGUGAAGGUGGUUGUGCAGAUGGGUGGAUGGGGAAAUUAUGUGAUAAACCAUGUAAAGACGGCUUUUACAGCCCAGACUGUAUCCAUAGCUGCAGUGGUCACUGUCUGAAUAACACCUACUGUAGCAGAGAAACUGGUCACUGUGACAACGGUUGUAGCCCAGGAUAUACAGGGAAGUUUUGCAAUAAACCAUGUACUCCUGGAUUCUUUGGAAACAAUUGUUAUAGACAGUGCAGUGAAAAUUGCAAGAAUAAUAGAUGCGACCAUACGGAUGGAACUUGUAUAGAAGGGUGUUUAGAUGGCUUUGUUGGAAGAAUGUGUUACAACAAUGAAGAGAACGUUGUUAAGUUGGAAACUGAAUCAACUAAUGCUUCAACUAUUGGCGGUGUCUUAGGAGCGUUCGUAGUCAUUCUUGUUCUUGUUCUUCUAGCAGUCCUUUUUAUGAGGUUCAAGAAGAGAGCAUUAGUGGAAUUUUUUGAAAAGUCUAAGAAGGAAACGGAUUUGCCAAUGGAAUUGAAAGAGGGAAAAUCUUCGACAAUUGCUUUCGGCGAUUUAAAGGAUGAACACAACGAAAGUAUCAGAAAUCGGACAAGCGUUUUGCGAGAAACUGCGAAAAAAGGUCCCCCGACGAACAAAACUAUUCCAGUGAGAAAUUUGAUGGCCAUUAUAGUCAAGAUGUCUGCUGCUGAAAACGCUGGAUUCAAACAUGAGUAUCAUGAAAUACCAAAAGGGGAACUUUAUCCCUGCGAAGAGGCAAAGAAGCCGGAAAAUAAAGCAAAAAAUAGAUACACGUCAACAUUCCCCUACGACCACUCGAGAGUUGUUCUAAAGAAGACACAUGAAGGAGAUUAUAUCAAUGCAAAUUACAUCGAGGCAAGUAUUCUGAUGCUGCAAUCUACCUGA